AUUUUUCGGACAAUACAAACUAUCAAAUAUUGAGUGAGAAUACAGGUUUCAAGAAACAAUGGAGUUAAGACAUAUAUUUGUGAUUUUAAUAUAUGUAUUUGAAAUGUGUUUAACUGUUGCUGCGACAAAUGACACAAAUUCAACCCAGGAAGAAACAACAACAACAGGGCGAAAGUAUUCAGAAGACACCGACGAAGAUAAAAAAUUGUUUGGAAAUCCCUUUUGGCUCGGGUUUACAGUGAUUUUAUUUAUUUCCUUGGUUAUAUUGUCCGUUUUUAUAUCGUUGACCUACGGAAUAUACAAAUAUCGCCAAAAUGCUAGACGACAAGGACUUUAUAAAGACAGAAGACGUAUUUACAUUGAAGGCGAAGAAAACCAAGGACCAGAUUAUGAUAUGUUCACGACAGACAGAACUUCAGAAUCAACCGGAGUAAGCAAUGCAACGUACAUUGGCUCAACUUGAAGAACGUAGAAGUCACAACAAAAACUAAACGUUUUAAAAGCUGGAAACCCCCGUGUGUUAUAUGCUUAUUAAAUAUUCAGUGAAAUUUGGAUAUGUUAACAUGUAAAGAACAAUGACAGUAAUUCAUGACGUUUAUCCCGGACAGCUGGCUGGCCAGAAACACGUCCGAUAUUAUUUAAGGUGUUGUAUGUAUAACGUAUGUCUUGCAUGUGUUAAAAACGUUUAAACUAUAUUUUUCCCCAUGAUUUGUAAAUUACUCAUCCACUGUCGAGUUCAUACUGUUACUUUCAAGUAACCAAACUAUUGAUUAAUUUCCAUAUCAUUUUCUUCAGUGUUUUAUAAAACACUAUAGCUGACUUGUGCCUUUUAAAUAAAAUCUCAUAAUAAUUUGA